AUCAGUAAACUCAUGUCAGUAGUAGGCUAUUCAGCCGUUAGUCACUUGGCUGGGAGAAGGGAAUACAUGACAGAAGAAAGACAUCUCUGCCCAAUUCUAUUGGAACAGUCGUUGGUUUUAUUGGGGAAAAAUAUGCGACCUUCAAGACUUAAAAGAACGCGAUGGGGAAAAGAAUACAUUUUUUAAAACAAUAUUGCAACUCGACGUCCAUUGGAGGAAACCAGUUACUGUCUUUAGGCUUACUACUAGUUCUGUGUUUUGUCAGAUCAACGUUAGAUUUUCAUGGAGCAUGUUCUUUAUUAUUAGCCUACCUGUACAGGUCUAAUGUCUUAGUUAAAGACAUUUAGCUGUAGGUAGGUAAGCUGCCUUGACGGGCACAGGCUGGAUGGGAUUCAAGGUUUUUCAAAAAAUGUGAUGGAGUCCUUCUCAAGGAGGGUAACGUUAACAUGUUUAUCUCGGGUAUCAGAUACGAUAAUUGUGGAUACAUUUUCAGCAAAACCCGACGUCAUUGACUUGUUCUCUUUAUCGGCAAAAGUUGUGUCUGUUUAAUUAAAUCAACCACAUGAGCGGCGUUUAAAUUAAGGACGCGUUCAGAGGGGUGAAAGGCGACGCGAAGAAAAUUUCCCGACAAGGAGAAAAACAGUUUAAUUCAAAUUCUCUGGAAUUGUCGCUGUCCAACACAAGGAAAUGGAAAGUGAGGUUUUUACGCCAUUGUUGGAACAAUUUCUGCUCACGCCAUUGGUCGCCUGGGUUAAGGCGGCUGGGCAUUCAUCAGGAAACGAUGGCACCAAACUAUCGGAAUACAUUGAAUUGUUGGAUGGCAUUUAUUUAAACGAGAUCAUGCUUGAGAUAAAUCCAAAAGCCACUGUUCAAAGAACCAACAAGAAAGUGAACAAUGACUCAACACUGCGUAUACAAAACCUCUCCAUCCUGAUCCGGCAGAUAAAGUCGUACUACCAGGAGACCCUCCAGCAGCUGGUGGCGAUGCCUCUCCCCAAUGUGCUGGUGCUGGGCAGGAACCCUCUCAGUGAGCAAGGUCUGGAGGAGAUGAGGAAGCUGUUGUUGCUGUUGCUUGGCUGUGCUGUCCAGUGUGAGAAGAAAGAAGAGUACAUCGAGAGGAUCCAGACGCUAGACUUUGACACAAAAGCUGCCAUAGCAUCUCACAUCCAAGAGGUGACCCACAACCAGGAGAAUGUUGUGGACCUACAGUGGCUGGAGGGGGGUGACCUGCCCCCAGAGGACCUGGACUCCUUCUCCAGGAACAUGGCCUUCCAUCUCAAGCGCCUGGUGGACGAGAGAGACGACCAGCUGGAGACCAUUGUGGAGCUGACCCAGGAGAGGGACUGUGGACUGUACUCUCCUCCGCCCCUCUUUGCCCAGUCGCCCAACGACUCGCCUAGCUUGCGCCGCACAGAGAGCCGCCAGCACCUGUCUGUGGAGCUGGCCGACGCCAAGGCCAAGAUCAGACGCCUGCGCCAGGAGCUGGAGGAGAAGAGUGAGCAGCUGCUGGACUGUAGACAGGAGCUGGACAAUAUGGAGACUGAGAACAAGAGGAUUCAGCAAGAGAGCUUGCAGUUGUUGUCAGACGCGCGUUCUGCCAGGGCCUAUCGUGACGAGCUGGACGUUCUGAGAGAGAAGGCCAUCAGAGUGGACAAGCUGGAAAGUGAAGUGGGACGCUACAAGGAGAGGCUCCAUGACAUUGAGUUCUACAAAGCUAGAGUGGAGGAGCUGAAGGAGGACAACCAGGUUCUGCUGGAGACUAAGGCCAUGCUUGAGGACCAGCUAGAAGGAACCAGGGCUCGCUCUGACAAACUCCACGAACUGGAGAAAGAGAGCCUGCAGCUCAAAUCCAAGAUCCACGACAUGGAAAUGGAGCGGGACAUGGACAGGAAGCGUAUUGAGGAGCUGCUAGAGGAGAACCUGGUGCUAGAAAUGGCCCAGAAACAGAGCAUGGACGAGUCUCUCCACCUGGGCUGGGAGCUGGAGCAGCUCUCUAAGACCCCUGAUCUGACAGAGGUGCCUCAGAAGUCUCUGGGCCACGAGGUGAAUGAGCUGACGUCCAGCCGCCUGCUGAAGCUGGAGAAGGAGAACCAGGCCCUGCUGAAAACCGUGGAGGAGCUGAGGGGCUCUGCCAGCGAGGACACCCCUGCACACCGCCUCAAGGCCGACAAGGAGAACCAGAGGCUCACCCAGAGGCUGGGGCAGCUGGAGAGUGAGCUGAACACAGGCAGGGAGAGUCUGUGCAGUGCAGAGAGCCUCAGCACCGACCUGAUGAAGGAGAAGGCUCUGUUGGAGAAAACCCUGGAGACACUGAGAGAGAACGCAGAUAGACAGGUGAAAGGCCUGGAGCAGGAGAACGAGCAUCUGACCCAGACUGUCUCGUCGCUGAGGCAGCGCUCCCAGGUGGGCGCUGAGGCACGGGUCAAAGACGUGGAGAAGGAGAACCGCGUGCUGCACGAGUCCAUCCGGGAGACCAGCUCCAAGCUCAACAAGCUGGAGUUUGAGCGCAAACAGCUGCGUAAGGACCUUGAGAUGUACAAGGAGAAGGGCGAGAGGGCUGAGGAGCUGGAGUUGGCGGCGCAGCGGCUGGAGAGGGAGAACGAGGCCCUGCAGAAACGAGUAGCCAGUCUGGGCAUCACCUGUGACAAGGUGGUGUCUCUGGAGAAGGAGAACUCUGAGCUGGAGGUAGAGGGCCGUCGUUUAAAGAAGGUGGUGGACGGCCUGCGGAGCACAUCCUUCCAGUUAGAGGCCCUGGAGAGGGAGAACUCCCAGCUGGACGAGGAGAACCUGGAGCUUCGUAGGACUGCUGAGGUGCUCCGCUCGGCAGGGAACAAGGCGGCUCAGCUGGAGCUGGAGAACCUUGAGCUGGAGAGUGAGAGGAGCCAGCUGAAAAGGAGCCUGGAGCUGCUCAAGGCCUCCUCCAAGAAAACUGAGAGGCUCGAGGUGAGCAACCAGGGCCUGGAUACGGAAAACCAGCGGCUGCAGAAGGCCCUGGACAACAGCAGCCGCAAGAUGCAGCAGUUGGAGGGGGAGCUGCAGGAUGUAGAGCAGGAGAACCAGAGCCUGCAGAGGAGCCUUGAGGAACUGAAGAUCUCCAGCAAACGUCUGGAGCAGCUGGAGCAGGAGAAUAAGACUCUGGAGCAGGAGAGCUCUCAGCUGGAGAAGGACAAGAAGCACCUGGAGAAGGACAACAAGAGGCUGAGACAGCAGGCGGAGAUCAGGGACUCCAAGAUGGACGAGGACAACCUGAGGAUCAGCCACCUGGAGAAGGACAACCGCUCGCUGGGCAAGGAGAUGACCUCCUUCAAGGACUCCUGCAACCGCCUCAAAGAUCUGGAGAAGGAGAACAAGGAGCUGGUCAAACAGGCCACCAUCGAUAAGAAGACAUUAGUCACUCUACGAGAGGAACUGGUGAGUGAGAAACUGCGGACUCAGCAGAUGAACAAUGAUCUGGAGAAACUGACCCACGAGCUGGAGAAGAUAGGCCUCAACAAGGAGAGGCUGCUGCAGGACGAGCAGAGCUCUGACAACGACAGGUUCAAGCUGCUGGAGUUCAAGCUCGAGUCCACUCUCAAAUCUACUCUGGAGAUCAAGGAGGAGAAGAUAGCAGCCUUGGAGGCCAGACUGCAGGAGUCCUCCAACCUCAACCAACAACUGCGCCAGGAGCUCAAAACUGUAAAGAAGAACUAUGAGGCCCUGCGACAGAGGGAGGAGGAGGAGAGGAUGGUGCAGAGCUCACCCCCCAGAAGAGGGGACAGGGAGGAUUCUCAGGCGGUCAACAAGUGGGAGAAAGAGAGCCACGAGACCACCCGGGAACUGCUUAAGGUCAAAGACCGCCUCAUCGAGGUGGAGAGAAACAAUGCCACCUUACAGGCAGAGAAGCAGGCCCUGCAUACCAACCUGAAGCAGCUGGAGACCCAGACCAGUAACCUGCAGGCUCAGAUUCUGGCUCUACAGAGACAGACUGCAUCUCUACAGGAGAACAACACCACCCUACAGACCCAGAAUGCCAAACUACAAGUGGAGAACUCCACCCUGAACUCCCAGAGCGGCACUCUCAUGGCCCAGAAUGCCCAGCUUGCGACACAGCAGUCCAGCACGGAGAACGAGAAGGAGGGGGCGAUGAGGGAGAGGGAGGACCUGAGGUCCACCUAUGAGAUGCUACUGAGGGACCAUGAGAAGUUGGCUGCCCUGCAUGAGAGGCAGGCCUCGGAGUAUGAGGGCCUCAUUGGCAAACACGGAGGCCUGAAAAGUGCCCACAAGAGCCUGGAAUCACAGCACAGAGACCUGGAGGACAGGUAUAGUCAGCUACUGAGGCAGAAGGAUCAGCUGGAGGAGCUGGAGAAACAGCUGAAGGCAGAGCAGGAGAAGAUGCUGUCUGAGAACAAGAGCCACAAGGCAAAGGCUAUAGACUACUACAAACUGAAAGAGGAGAAUGAAAGGCUGAACAUGGCACACCGCCAGCUGGUGAAGGAUAAUGAGGGCCUGCAGGUUGACCAUAAGAACCUGAAGAGCCAGAUGAACGGUGCCAAGCUGGAACAGACCCGCCUGGAGGCAGAGUUCUCCAAACUCAAAGAGCAGUACCAGCAGCUGGACAUCACCUCCACCAAGCUCACCAACCAGUGUGAGUUGCUGAGUCAGUUGAAGGGGAACCUGGAGGAGGAGAACCGUCACCUGCUGGACCAGAUCCAGACCCUGAUGCUGCAGAACCGCACCCUGCUAGAACAGACCAUGGAGAGCAAGGACCUGUUUCACGUAGAACAGAGACAGUACAUUGACAAGCUGAACGAGUUGAGGAGACAGAAGGAGAAGCUUGAAGAGAAGAUCAUGGACCAGUACAAGUUUUAUGACCCCUCUCCUCCACGGAGACGAGAGAAUUGGAUCACCCUGAAGAUGAAGAAGCUGAUCAAGCCGAGGAGUCGGGAGCGGAUGCGUUCCCUGACGCUGACUCCCACGUGCUCCGAGUCCAGCGAGGGCUUCCUGGGGCUUCCUCUGGACAGCCAGGACUCUUCCUCCAUAGGCUCUGGCUCCAACUCCCUGGACGACACGCUGACACAAAAGAGGAACAGCAGGAAGAAAGACUCUCAGAGAGUGCAGCACUCCCAUGUGCAGAGGAACCAAGGUUCCUCUAAUGCUGUGAAAUGGUUGCCCUUUAUGAGGAACAGAUCGAAGGAGAAAGACAAAGCGAAGGACAUCUACCGCCGGUCCAUGUCCAUGAAUGACCUGCUGCAGACCAUUGCCCUGGCAGGGGGCCAGUGGGCGGGCAGCACAGAGAACCUGGAGGGGCCCGUGGAGGCCAACGGGGGCAGCCGAAGUCGGCACAUGAAGGAGCUGGGCUCCAUGGCCUACUCCACUAACGCUAUCAACUACACCACCCUCACUUUGCCCUCUGGCAACAGGGCCAAGAGGAGCUUGAAGAUCAAAGACAAUGCUUCCUGUGAAGACGUUCCAGCAUCCUCAGACGACCCCAUUGGGUUCAGAGGUCAAGGCCUACAGGUCUUUAGCAGUGCUCAGGCUAUGUCGCCCUCUGCUCUCGACCCGUCCGCUAUGUGCAGAGUCCCCUGUAGCAUCUGUUCCUCACAAGCCUCCAGCCUCCAUAGUAUCAAGACCAUCAGCAGUAAUACCUCCCACUCCACUCCGCUCGAGGCCAAAGUGUGUUUCUCUUCAGGCACGUUGAACGGAAACCUCAGCAGACCCCACAGUGAGAGCAGUGGGGAGUUCAGCCUCAGUCUGGAUCAGGAGGAGUGGUCCAGCGGGAGCAGCCCUGUCCAGCAGCCCCUGUCCCACUCCUCUCACCAGAGCUCCAUGCUGCUGCAGAGGUCCCUGGACCCCCAGGCCACACAGGCCAAGAAGAAAAAUGGCAGCGCCAGCGAGGUGCUCUCUCUACAGCAGUUCCUAGAGGAGCACAUCGACCCUGCAGAGUCUGGCAGCCAAGAGAAUCUGACUGAGUCUCCCUGCCUUUCCGGAGGCGCUGAGCAUGUGCAGAGAGACCGGGCCGAGCGAGGCUCCACCGGCACUAAGGGGCGGGGCAUCCUGCGCUCAGCCAGUGGGAAGGCAGCGCCAGUGAACUCCGAUGGCCGCCCCACCAGGGGUGGCCAACCAGGUCAUCCCAGCUUACGAAAGGCAGAGAGUACGCGUGUGAAGGGCAUGGUCCUGCCACGGGUCAGCCUCUCCUCCCAGAGUAAAGCCGUGUCUGUGUCUGAGCGUCUGGACAUCUCCUCCUCCAUGCUGCCCCGGGCCAGCAGCGUCAUAUCCACAGCCGAGGGCUCCACACGUCGGACCAGCAUCCAUGACCUGCUGUCCAAAGACACCCGGCAGCCCGUGUCUGUGGACCCCUCACCCUCGUCAAAGGCCUUGCCUCGCGCCUACACCACGCCCAGUGAGUACCCCCCAACCAACGACCCCACCCAGUCCCAACAUCCCACCCACCAGUCCAUCCCCCUAGCACCAGCCCCCAUGCCCCUGUCCAUGCUUAAGUCAGUCAGUAUGCCCUGCACAAGCAGUCAGCACCCCCUCAGUUGUAAGGAAACUGACCUCUCCAGCCUCGAGUCUUUCUUUGACUCGUCCUUCACAGUGGAGUCAGUGUUUAUGGACUCCAUCUUCAGUGAGCCAGACUUCACAGGGUGCAGUAGCAAGAGCCACACCUUCCUUUCCCUCAACACCUCCUUGGUCAGUAACAUCAGCGGCCCCCCAGGCAAAACCCACCUCCGGUCCAACCCUGCCCAAACCGCCCAGAACCAACCAAAUGGGCUAAAGCCCAGCACACCUGACCAGGAUGGGGAACAUGUCAUUGACACCAAUCAUGUGCUUGAUGCUGACCCAUCUCCACCCCUUAGCCCAGAGGACCAACAAUCGUUGUGGUAUGAGUAUGGCUGUGUCUGAAUGUGUGGCGCCCUGGUCAGCUACUGAUCUGGGACCUGCUUAAGGACCGGUGAUGGUCGGGAGAAAGAAGGAACUCUGCAUGCAUUAUCAAAGCCCUAUCAUGCUAUGUUUUCCUUUUGAGUUUUUAUGUUUGUUUUUUUCAUGGCUGAUUUGUAAAUCCCUUUUCAUCACUCCUGGUUUGGUAUUUCCCUCCGUCUUAUGGAAGUGGGGUUCUCUGGAUGUCUUUGCUUCAGAGGUCUGUUCACACUGUAUUCAUUAAUCAAACCUCUGUUUGGCUCACAUUAUAAAGCUAUUACAUGAUUGCUUAAUGGGGGACAUCAAUAGCUGUUCUAGUUAUUUUAUUCAUUAUUUGCUAUUUCUUUUCUAAUCACAAAUACAUCUCCAGAAACAUGCUGCAAAGCUACAUAACUAUCAUUUGGAUGUUCAGUGCAUCUUUAAAACAUCAUGUCAGAAGUCCUCCAGAAUUAGAAUGGAGCUCUGUUUAAUAAUAAAGCAAUGAGGCUUGUAGAACACGUCCCAUGAUAGGCUGACUGAGGAACACAUUAACUGCCAAUAAGCGCUAUUUAUGGAGUCAUUAUGUAAUCUAGCCCUUCAGAGGAAAGCAGUUUCACAUCUAUUAAAAUUAGAUAAAAUAUUUGGUUUCCCCUCUAUCUUAUUGGGUGUUUGGUAUGUGGGAGAAUCUGUCCUCUCUAAAGUACUGUCACAUUGCAUUACCAGUCUAAUUCUACUGUAUCAAUCUCAAUGCAUAUUCACUGAACUGCAUGGCUUUAUUCUGUCUUGGUUUGUUCUGAUGCUCUCAUUUUGAUUGUUGUGAUCAAAAUGGUUUUGUUUUGUGCAUAUGACACAUUUUUCUGUUCCAUUUCUUUUUCUGAUCAAACCCCUCUCAAUUUGGGGAUUCAGAUUGGGUGAAUUGCGGUUAAGGGAUUGUUUUUGAGGAAACGUAAUUCACAAAAUGAGCUGAGAGCAAUGUUAAGCGUUUGAGAGAGAGCGUUUUAAAGAUAGUUGAGUCUUGUGUUUUUGUUGCUCUGAGACCGUAUACAUAGUGGUGAGAGAAAUUUGCAAUUGAUACAAAUAUGAUGGCCAGAUUAUUUUGUGAAUGAAGUUUCCUGUCAUGAUAUUGGAUCUGGGUAAACUCUUGAAUGCUCAUGGCCACAAUACAAAUUCCAAUUGCACAAUAACACAUUUUAGGUUAUGUAUUAUUGUAGACUGACUACACCUUGUACAAACAUAUAUAUUUUUUAAAAUAUUAAGUUAUAUUCAAGGACAGAAAGCACUCGUGUAUGCACAAGCAGUAGGAGUAGUAAUGUUAGUUAGAUUUUUAUUUCUGCUUUAUGUAUUUGCCAUUUGAAAUAGUUUUAUUGUAUUUAUCUUGUGUAUAAACUAACUUCGGCCUUCAUUCCGAUGUAAUAUGACAUGCCUUUGUUCUGCAGAUGUGGAAAUGUUACAAGAGCGCAGAAAGUCAAAAAGCAGUGGGGAGCAACAAAGCUCCUAAACAUUACUCAUCGGCUACCGUUAUGAGCUCAAGUGGUGAGUGCUGCUCUGAGUCCAGUGGGGGGGGGGGGGGAGGAGCUCCAUGGUAACCCGGUGGCUUAACAGAUGUCCCAUCCUGUUCAUGCUUGCUUAUGCUAUGCUGGUGUUGUAAAGGGCACAUGAAUGGAGCCUGGUUUGCAUGGUGUCCCUAAUAACAGGAGGUCCUGACCUGCUACACUCCCUCCCUGUUCCUCAGUGGAACGUGUUUAUAGCUGGCUUUUCUUUUACUUUUCUCUGCUGGUAUUCAGGAAAAAACACUGGUGGCUCUAUAGGAGGUUGUGAUCCCUUUGUGAGCUUAUCUGCAGUGCUGCAUGGAUUGUGGGUCAAGCAGCUGAAACCCCUCCCUGUCAAUGCAUGUAGACUGCUUUCCAGUGCGUCCAUAUAUAUAUAUAUACAUGUUCAUCCUCUUCUCUGAUGUCAUCUGCCGCUAACCUCUUUUUCUGUACUCUUCUCUCUUCACUCUUCUGUCUGCCUCCAACUCAGAGAGAAAAGUGACCUUCAAGCUGUCUGUCUGACUCUGAAGCAAUUUAAAAGUUGAUCUACUGAGAUGGUCUUCAGUGUGAAAAAAGAUUGUGUAAAACAAAAAUAAUGUGUCUUUAUAUUCUUUCUUUUUUUAAACAAAAAAAUCAAUGCUUCAAUAAAGAAAAGUAAACAUCUUUUUUUCUCCUUGAAUCAAGGAAAUAAAACUUAAGACGCAGCAUGUGGCAACAAUAGUUUUUCUAUAACUGACUUUCUGGUAAAUUGCACUGCUAUGGUGUGACAGACUGCUAACAUGCACUCUACACGGACAUACUGUUAGUGCCAAUGUUCACGCAAAGCCAAAUGGGUGAACUUAAACUAGACCCUGAAGACUCCUUGUCCUCUGUGACUUUGAAUCAGCUGGAUUUUUUCUGUCUGCCAAUUGAUGCUAAUUAUACUUUUUUUGUAAAUGAGCAUACACAUGCAGCAUCUUUCUGAGGAACAACUGAUGUCUACAUUCAACAAUCUGCACAGAAGGGAAAAAAUGCAUGUGGGCACAGAACAAGUUCAACCACAAUGUGCACUGAGCAAUCAACAUGCUUUUCUUCCAAUCAGAAUGGACGAUUGUUUUAAGUUGUGUUCCUCUGAAAUGCCAAAAUGACUUGUGGGAAGCCAUGCCAACUGUGAUUGACAUACAAUCCAAUCAUGAAGGUUGUGUGAGCUGAAUGGCACAGCUUUGUAUAUGUCUACAGUAUGUAUGUGGCUACUAUCAGAUUUCUGUCUGUGAUGAUGACCUAGUGUUUUCCUUUUCCACUUUUACAUAAAUCCAUUUGUGAUAAAAAUUCCAGAAGAAUCCUGUGUCAUUUCAUCUUCAUCAUAUAAAGGACUGUGACCCUCAAGUCAUCUUUUCUUCCCCUGA